AUGGCCAGUGAAACUGUACUUCGAUCGAUAGCAAGCAGGGUUUUGGCUAGCAAAGCAGGUCCACUGCAACGGCUCAUUGGCAGUCUUGAUAUCAAAGGCCAAGGUACUGAACAUUCCUUGGCAGAUGUGGAUCCAGUAAUGCUUUGUGAUAUCGGUGUCUUAAACGGCAAAGGAUUGCCCCCGUUUGGAAUGCACCCACACUACGGUCUUAUUGCAGUUACAACCGUCGUUGAAGGGUGUUUCACGGAUGCUGACAAUCUGAAUGGCGUGUCAGACCAACUCAUUGAAGCCUUUGGUAUCUAUGCUGCAUCUUCUGGGAGAGGCGUUUGCCACGAAGAGACGACAGCCAAAGAAGGGCGACAUGUGGCAGUUCAAGCGGUUUUUAAAAUUCCAGCAGACAAGUUAGACUUCCCCCCAGAAGUGAUCAGAGUGGGCAAGGAUGAUAUACCAGUUAUGGAUUUAGAAGGGGGCAAGUUGAGGGUGAAUGUUGGUAAACUUGGAAAUGUGGAGUCUCCAGUGAAAUUGAAAGCAUUCCCAAGGGCAGUAAUGGUCAGAGCAUUUGUGGAUCAAGGGAAGACGAUGGAAGUGCCAUUAGAUGGAGAUCUUGAGCAAGGCUUUGUGAUUGUGAUAGAAGGAAAGAGUAAAAUUGGAGCUGAGAAAGAGCAACUUGAGAAGGAUGGAGGCUGCCUUGUUUUUGGCAAAGGUGGAUCUCUGUUGAUUGAUAACAGUGAGGGUGAGCAUGUUUGUGAUGCCUUGAUUGUUGCUGGAAAGCCUCUAAAUGAGCCAUGGGUGAAACUUCUUGGCAGAAAUGGUUUUAUCAUUGCCAAGGAUGAAGAAGAAGCAAACAAGGUGAUGGAUGUUAUACAAAAAGAAGAAAAUGAUUUCAGUUUCAAGAAGAUGUCAUGA